AAUGGUUUCCGGUCGUUUUUCCGGAUUCGCGGUGCGGCUCAAGCUCUCGCUCUUCGUCGCAGCAGCAGCACCAGCGCAAGGCGAUUGUCGUCUGGUGGGUUGGAGUGUUCGGCGAUUGAUCGAUCGAGUUGGAAUGCGCAUUCGCAUGUUGAUUUGAGAUGAGCACGUUACGAGGAUGAACUGGAGAAGGCACAAGAGUUAUUGUUGUUGGCCCGGAUCGCCGGGCGACCUUCCGUAAGUCUGCUUCGUGGUUUCGAAUUAUUUUGGGUGUCACCAGCUACGCGAACUGGAGCAUGUGAAGGUGAGGGGGAGGCGUCGGAGCGGGGGUGACGCACGAAGGCCCGCCAUGGAUCGAUCUUCGUCUGCAGCAGCUGGAGCGGGGGAAUCGAUGGCACAGUUAGGGUUGGAGGGUAGGGAUUUGUGGGUUUAGAGUGCUAGAAGGAUGGAGAAUUAUCUCUACGAGUGUGUUCAGGCAUCUCUGCGCGCAUUCUUGUACGCCAAUGCCACAUUUCUAUGUGAGCGCUUAAAUGCGGAGUUUCCUUCCGAAAGCAAUGUACACUUGCUGGCGACGUGCUAUUUCCGGAGCAAUAAGGCUCACCUGGCUUACCAUGUUCUGAAAGGCACAACGACACGGCAAUGCCGAUACCUGUUUGCACUGGUGUGCAUGCAAAUGCAGAGUCUAGAAGAGGCUGAAGCGACAUUGUUGAAUUCGCUGGAACCGGGUGCGGAAUCGCUGCCCGGUUCAGCGACUAGCUAUUAUCUGCUAUGCGUUAUAUGCAAGCAGUCAGGUCGGAGGCAGGCAGCAAUUGGACAUUAUACCCAGGCAUUGUCGCUGGAUCCCUUUCUUUGGUCUGCGUAUGAGGAUUUAUGCGGACUUGGGGCAGACGAGGAGUCUGUGCCUGUUUUCAGUGACACAGUUAAGUCUCAGCUGCAGAAAAUUGAGUCUGUUCGACAGUCUAAUGCGGUGAAACAUGAGAGUUUUGAACACGAUUUUUCGCUUCGUGCGCCUGCGUCCAGCAAUGGCAGCCCAAAGCACAGGAAGCUGCAUUCUGGCGGUGUUAUCAGCGAUGCAGGAAGUACAGUGAUGAUCUCAACGUCCGAGGGUGUGUCCACUUACGCAUCCGUUCAGAACUUAGGAUUAGGUCCUCCAGGACCUGGACGAAGUAACAACCCGGGUGCGAAUGCUACGGGAGGGGGAUCGGGUGAUGGAAUAGGAAGAGGAGGUGGUGGGACAGCCGGAUAUGCCCAGCAGCGUCGGAAAUUUGUUGACCCUGAUGUCAAAUUUCGGAAGAGCUUGCGGUCGCUUUCUGUGCGUCCAGGGCAAUCCCAAGCAUCUCGGAGGGUAGUUGAGCAGGUGGGACCUAGAAUGAGCACGAGACUGAACAUGAUCGGAGAUUGUAACACUGCUCAGCUGCAGCAACCUUGCCCGACGAGUAGCGUAGGCGCCACCAUGGUAGGGACAGUAGCCAGUGGUGCAGGAGCGGUUACAUCUCUGAGGGGAGGAGUUGCUGGAGUCACGCCCUCGCGGAUGACCACGUCCCGGAAGCAAGCUUUGGGCAUUAGUGUGGACGAUGGCAGAAAAUUGUUUGACAGCUUUGAGAUCUGUGGAGGCGGGGGCGAUGGGUUGAGCAGGUCGAAAUUAGAAGGGUCGGACGAGGAGAGAUCACUGUCAGCUCGGUGUGCCUCGCGUGGGGCUUUGGAGCUAUUUCAGUUGCUACGGAUUUUGGGGGAAGGAUACCGUCAUCUGUGCAUGCUUCGUUGUCAAGAAGCUGUUCAAAGCUUUUCGAAGCUUCCGCAACAACAUUUUGCAACCGCUUGGGUGCUUUGUCAAGUUGGAAGAGCGUACGUGGAAAUGGUGAAUUAUCCCGAGGCGGAGCGUGUUUACAGUUGGGCCCGGCGUGUCUCUCCGCACUGCCCAGUUGGAAUGGACAUGUAUUCAACUGCGCUGUACCAUAUGAAGAAAGAUGUGCAAUUGAGUUACUUGGCACAAGAUGCUGUUGCAAUGGAUCGGCUGUCGCCGCAGGCAUGGUGUGUGAUGGGCAAUUGUUUUAGUUUGCAGAAGGACCAUGAAACUGCACUAAAGUUUUUCCAACGAGCUCUUCAGUUAGAUCCGAAUUUCACCUACGCACACACUCUUUGUGGACACGAACUUGUAGCAAUGGAAGAUUUUGAGGAGGGCCUCAUCUGCUACCGUGAAGCAAUUCGGCUCGAUUCCCGCCAUUACAAUGCAUGGUACGGGCUGGGUACUAUUUACCUUCGGCAAGAGAAGUACGAGCUAGCCGAGUACCACUUCCAAAAAGCCCUCCAUGUGCAUUCCCGAUCUUCAGUGUUGCAUUGCUAUUUGGGUAUGGCAUUGCACGCACUGAAGAAGAAUGACGAAGCUUUGGCUUUGCUGGAGCAAGCUAUAGUUGCAGACCCGAAGAACCCUCUUCCCAAGUUCCAAAGAGCCAACGUGCUGAUGAGCGAAGGGCGAUACCGUGAGGCGCUGGCAGAGCUUGAGGAACUGAAGGAACUUGCCCCACGAGAAAGUAGCGUCUUCUUUUUGAUGGGACGAAUAUACAAGCGGUUAGAGAUGCUGGAACGCGCUGUUCAUCAUUUUCGCAUUGCUCUAGAUUUGAAGCCUUCAAGUACAGAUGUGAAUCUUAUUAAGGCAGCUAUCGAGAAGUUGCCAAUUGCAGAUGCACUUGAAGUUGAGAAUUUGUGAACUUUCAGUCAUUUCAGCUGGCUGUUUCGGAUAACCUGUUGGUUUACGAAUCGUUUUGAGCAUUUGUACAGUGCGUCAAUCUUUUAUUCUUGCCUGGAGUUGUUUAGGAAGUGGUAGGUCAGCUUGAUACAUAGAUCUGCGAACAAUGGGUUCAUUUGUAGGUCACCUUUGGUACUUUGGCUCGUCGUGUAAUGCCUCCAUUUCAGAUAAAUCCUCACUCAGGCAGUUUUGAUAGCUAGCCCACUUUCUUUUCGUUUGCAAUUUGGGUUGUCCAGAUUUUAACUCCACUGGAGAUCUGAAUGCUUUAGGGAACGCUAGUUAGAAAUAUUGAACCGGAAGCUGCACUUCUGUAUUUGAGGUCUAUCACUCAGUAGUUCUUAAAGUUAGUACUCAUAUGAAUUUAGGGGUGAGAGUAGAUGUAUCACCACCAGUCCUGUGGAAUCCAUAGUGAUGUAGUUUUAGUGCAUCACGAGGGUGCUAGAAGGAUUUAUAUACACAGUUCUUGAAAGGAAUGUGCAGACAAAUUCAUACACGGUGUUGGUUUUAUUUGAUAA